UCCGGGGGCAGCCAAGCGCUAUGAGCGCCAACGCGGAGCCGAGGCGGCGCCCCGGAGUUGGGGUCGGCGUGGUGGUGACGAGCUGCAAGCAUCCUCGCUGCGUCCUUCUGGGGAAGAGGAAAGGGUCGUUUGGAGCCGGCAGUUUCCAGCUUCCUGGGGGCCAUUUGGAAUUUGGUGAGACCUGGGAAGAGUGUGCUCAGAGGGAGACCUGGGAAGAGGCUGCGCUCCGCCUGAAGAAUGUGCGUUUCGCCUCCGUGGUGAAUUCCUUCGUUGAGGAGGAGAACUACCACUAUGUCACCAUACUGAUGAAAGGGGAGGUGGACACGGUGCAUGAGUCAGAGCCGAAGAACAUGGAACCGGAAAAAAAUGAAAGUAAGAGAAUCAUAUACAAUAAGGUUGGGAGUGGAUUCCUUGGGAAGAAUUUCCUCCAUCAGACCAGCUUUUCUGGGCUCUCCGUUGCUUAAAAGAGCAAGGCUAUGACCCAUUUAGAGAGGACCUGAACCACCUGCAUGGGUACAGAGGAGAGCACCUCGAAGGAGCCAAGGAAAUUCCUUGAUUAAAAAAAAGAACAACAAAAACUUUAGUAAAUGAAAGAUUCCAUGUUUCAGGACAACUCCCAUUUUUAUUUGCAAAACCGUGCGGUCGUUAGUUUAUUUACAGUCUCUCCUAAAGUAACUCGAACCUGGAAAGUGUCCCUGAGUAAGAUGAACAGCAGCUUGUGGCUAAUGUACCACUGUAAGUUACCCUUGUCGGCUGCAUGGAGGCAAGUGUAACAGAUUUUGUCUUGCUGUUCUAAUUCAAAUAGAGGUCAAAAUUCAGAUACGGUUAUUCAAGUUUGGAAGCAGUUUGUCCACUGCAAAAUUCAUCGCGCUUGUUGACGUCCUUUCUCCUCUUACUUGAGAAGAAUUUUUAAACGAUGAUGUGACAUCAUGACGUGUGGUAGGCUGUACUUCCCCGGUUUCCGACAGGGAAUCUGUGCUAAAUGUGAGACAGACUAAGUUUGGAUCCUACUGCUAAAGGUCAAGCCAGCCGCCUUUCCCUCUGUCUGCCUGAGAUCCUAUAUGUGUCCUUGCGUGGUGGCAUCACACAGAGCGACACACUGGGUCUCUGAGUGUGGGGGAUCUCCCAGAGGUCCUCCAGAACUUUGUGGGACACCAAGGGCAAAAGCUAGUUGGUUGGUUGCUCUCCCCUCCAUCCUCCCACCCCCCAGCAAAUUGUAAAGCUUUCCUGUGAGAGACUGAACUGUGCAGUGUCUCAUAGGACAGCAUCCUGUCCGCAAUGAAAGCUACCGGCUGGUUUGGAUUUUAACCUGCUUCUGGCCCAGGGUGUGUGUGUGUGUGUGUGUGUGUGUGUGUGUGGAAAAAUCACCUUCUUGAUGUAAGGAUCACCCCGUGCACAGCCAAUGUUAAUAGCAGAAGCUUCUAACCAGCCCAUGUUGAUCAGCAUCCAGCCCAGCCAAGCCCUGGAGUGCAUGUGCUGUCUCAUCUUUCCUUAAUCCGGCAGAGCAUGGUUUUCUGGCUGAUGUUUCUCCAGCCACUAGCUCCAGCUGCUGCCCAGGUCCCUGGUGAGCUCUUCCUGUGAGGUUGUUUUCCAGUCUCCUCUGCUGCAUAGGUGCCGCCUGAGCUCUGUAUUCCUGUGCUUUGGGCUCUCGUUCCUUCAAUAGCAAUCCUGUUUCACGAUUAAUUUGUUUUCUUUUUUUAUGAGACAGGGUUUCUCUGUGUAGCCCUGGCUGUCUUGGAACCUGUUCCGUAGACCAAGCUGGUCUCGAGAUCAGAGCUCCGCCCACCUCUGCCUCCCACGUGCUGGGAUUAAAGGCUUGCACCACCACUGCCCAGAUUAAUUUCUUCUGAUCAGAGCAAAAACAAAGAAGAUGGUGGGGGAACGCAGCCGCACCUCCUGUGCAUAGCCCUGACAGAUGGCUGAAGAAUGUUGUUACACAAUCCAGAAUUAUUUUUGUAAUACCCAACUAUCGCCAAUUUUUGCAUUCUUAUUUUUUGAGCCUCAUAUAGCUCAGGCUGGCUUCCAACUCAGUCUGAAGCUGAGGAUAAUCUUGAACUCCUAAUCCUCCUGCCUCAGCCUCCCUGAUGCUAAGAUUCCAACUGCACCCCUCCUCAUCCUCUUAAGUGUGCAGAGCAGCUGUCCAAAGCCACCUGAUGCAUGGUUCAUUUCUGGGUGGUUUGGGUACUGGGGUACAUGACAGGCAAGUGCUGAAACAGACUGCAAAGGCAAGAGAGCCAGCUUCCUCCUUUCGGGUCCGACACGGAAGAGAUUUGCUCCAGGAUAAGAUGACGACUUUCUCACUGGUGAAUUCUUGCUCGUUUUUGUUUGCUGUUAGCAUGCAUUUGACUUUUAUGUGGUUAACAAACUUUUCUCGUUUUAAAUUUCUAAUGUUAAAUAUCAUUUCAUAAAAGCUUAUAAAAAUAAAAUCUGAUUUUUCAGUAAUUUAUAAAGGGAUCAAAAACCUAAGGGCUCCAGAGAUGGGUUUAGUUCAGUGGUAGAGAAUUUGCUAGGCGGGGUUCAGUCCUCAGCUCUAAGAAAAAAUUACAAAAGACUAAAGAAAAAAAAAAUGGCAACCAAAGGUGUUUUGAAUGCUUGCCCAAAGUAUCUAACAACUGAAUUUUGCUCUUUUAAAACACUAUUAUUGUGAUGUUUGCUAUGGAAAAAAAAUUUUAAGUUACACCUAUUUAUAAACCCCAUUUUCUCUUACUUACACCUACAUUGUCUCAAUGUUUGUGUUCAAAUUUGAUACAUGUAUACUCCUAAGACUUCUGGGGCUAGGGAGACAUUGCUGACCUUGAACUCACAAUGUACGCCAGGAUGGCCUCAAACUCACAUACAUCUGCCUGUCACCAAGCCUGGCACAUGUACAUUUUUUUAAAUUUUAUGUGCAUUGGUGUUUUGUCUAAAUGUUUAUGUGAGUGCUGGAUCCCCUGGAACUAGAGCUAUAGACAGCUGGGAGCUGCCAUGUAGGUGCUGGGAAUGGAACCAGGGUUCUCAGGAAGAGCAGUCAGUGCUGUUUAACCUCUGUGUCAUCUCUCCUACACGGUUUUGGGGGGGGGUGUCUUUUUUUGCUUUAUUAAGACAGUUUAACAGCCCUGGCUGUCUUGGGACCCACUCUGUAGGCCAGGCUGGCCUAGAACUCAGUAAUCUGCCUACCACUGCCUCCUGAGUACCAGGAUUAAAGACAUGUGCCACCACUGACCAGUUUAUGCACAUGUGGAUUAUUAACUAGAAUCUUAACUGGCACUAAUCCUGGUAGAAGGCCAAGUGUAUGCUUUAUGCUGGUAUUUUUUUGUUGUUGUUUUGGUUUUUCAAGACAGGGUUUCUCUGUGUAGUUUUGGUGUCUGUCCUGGAACUAGCUCUCGUAGACCAGGCUGGCCUCAAACUCACAGAGAUCCGCCUGCCUCUGCCUCCCGAGUACUGGGAUUAAAAGUUGGCGCACCACCUGCCCUGUUUAUGCUAUUUCUUAAAUGCUUUAAAAUAAUGUAUAUUACAUUUGCAGUAAUAAAAAAUACUUGUUUAAAAAACUGAUAAUUAUACAAAUAUCUUAGACACAGAUGAUAACUGUUUGAAGUUAAAAACAGUUUAAAGUAUGGGACUGGAGAGAUGGCUCAGUGGCUACGAGCACAGACUGUUGUUCCAGAGGACCCAGGUUCAAUUCCCAACACCCACAUGGAAAAAACAAAAAACAAAACAACAAAAGAUAUAGUCAACUCAUCUUGUAUGUUCUCAUAUAUACCAAAAUAUUAAAUAUU